UUGGUUUCGCCUUUCUGUUCCUCACACGUGUGUGUGUGUUUUGGAGGAAAAGAAAGAUGGCAGCGCCCUCGAGUGAAGUGCAACUUGUUCCUGCCAAAAAGCCCCAAGCUCGAGGACCACGGCGGGUAGCCAAUCAAAUUCCAGAUGAAAUCCUCCAAGACCCUGAGUUACAGGAGGCAAUCAAAGCCCUGCCUGCGAAUUACAACUUUGAGAUCCACAAGACAGUUUGGCGAGUGAGACAAGCAAAAGCUAAGAGAGUUGCUUUGCAGCUUCCAGAGGGCCUGCAAAUGUUUGCCUGCAUCAUCAGUGACAUCAUUGAGCGGUUCACAGAUGCAGAUACAUUUGUGAUGGGGGAUGUGACGUACGGCGCCUGCUGUGUGGACGACUUCACUGCUCGAGCCCUGGGAGCUGAUUUCAUGGUGCACUAUGGCCACAGUUGCCUAAUCCCCAUAGACUCGACAGCAGGUAUCAAGAUGCUGUAUGUGUUUGUGGAUAUCCAGAUGGACAAUGCACACUUCCUGGACACAAUCAAGUUCAACUUCUCUCCUGGACAGUCUCUUGCACUCGUCAGCACUAUUCAGUUUGUGGCGGCGCUGCAGGCUGUGAGUGCAGCCCUCAAGCCAGAGUAUGAUGUGCUUGUCCCACAGUGUCGCCCUCUGUCACCGGGAGAAAUUUUAGGCUGCACCUCCCCUCGCUUGGAGCGCCAUGUCAAUGCCAUUGUUUAUCUUGGAGAUGGAAGAUUUCAUCUGGAAUCAAUCAUGAUUGCAAACCCAGACAUUCCUGCCUACAGAUACGACCCCUACAGUAAGGUGUUCUCCAGGGAAUACUACGACCACGAAGCCAUGCGCGCUAUAAGGCUCCAGGCUAUUGACAAGGCUCGACUGGCCCAGAGAUGGGGACUGAUCUUGGGCACGCUUGGCCGACAGGGCAGCCCUAAAGUCCUGGAGCACCUGGAGUCAAAGCUCCAGUCCUUGGGCAAGUCCUUCACUCGAGUGCUUCUCUCGGAGAUCUUUCCCAGCAAACUGGCUCUGAUACCAGAUGUAGAUGCGUGGGUUCAGAUCGCUUGUCCACGCCUUUCUAUCGACUGGGGCACUGCCUUCUCCAAACCCCUUCUCUCUCCAUAUGAGGCAGCUGUUGCUUUACAAGAGGUAGGCUGGAAGGAAGUCUACCCCAUGGACUUCUACUCCAAUCAGAGCCUGGGUCCGUGGGGACCUAACCACCCUGACAACCAACCUGUGCGGCCUGCUCGUAGACAGACCCAGAAAAAAGGCUCGGAGCCAGCCAUUCCUGCCAAGCACUGUGAGCGGAACCAGUGCGCCCCCUGUGGCUGCCAAGGGGAAUGACACGCUAACAAGCAGAGAGGGGUCAGACCAAAAGAGGAACAACUGGAAUUUGAGUCAGUCUAACUUCAGAGGAGUUUUCAGCUUCUUUUUCAAAUAGAUUUUCUGCCGAUAUGUGAGCAGUUGAGAUGCGACCUGACCCUGUUUUGCUUUCUUCUUUUUGUGGUGAAAUUGUGAAAACAGUAAAUCAGAAAUGAAACCUUUCUUGUUGGGAGCAGGUUUUUUUUCCCCUAAAUGCAGUGCUGUUCUGAAGCUAUGAGCCUGUUUUUAAAGCUGAGUGGUAUGAGUUCCUAGAUGCGUGCAGAGCUAGUCACGACUGCUCUCCGUUCUCAUUAUUUAUUGAUGGUGGAGUCUGUCAAUAAAUAAAUAAAUAAUCCUCCUAUUGCUGUUUGGCCGUUACAGUAAAAACUGAUUGACAGAAGCCUACCGUGGCCUCAGCUGAUCCCAAGAACCCUCCCCAGGUGGCAGCACAGUGUGACAGGUGAUCUUUGGAGAGUUUUAAUUCUAAACAACUACCCAACUUCUCCAAUCACAUCCUCCCUCUGCUUUCCACCUUUGUAUCACUUCAGCAGCAAAUGGCAGUGAGAUAGAGCGAUACUGCCAGACAUAUCCGGGAUGCGUCACGUGUCCCGCUAGCAGCUACAUUUUUUUAAGAGCUCAGUAUUUGCCACAGUACCAUGUGUGAUGCAUAGCAGUCGGGAAUAAAUUAUUGGCCAGCAGAGCUCUCUUUCAGCUGAUGUUUGAUUUAUAUUCUAGUUUGUUCUUUCACAGGCAAAAAGGAAGAAUGUUAAUAAUCUGCCCUUUCCUCUUCUCAUAACCCUUCAGGUUUGUUAUCCAAGUCUAAAGAUUUGUCAUGAUUUAAAUCAAAAAUGAUUUACUGAUUACAACAUAAAUAAAAGCUUUUUUUUGAUUGUUUAAAAGACAGAUCAUAUACAUUGAACUUUAUGGUUUUAAAUUUAACCAUAAUAGAAACAAGAGCUAGAAAAAAAUUAGAUUUUAAUAUUUAAUAUCCAGCCAUUUACUUUCUGCUGCUUAUCUGAUUUAGGGUCACAAAGGUGAUGUAGCCACUCACAGCUAAGGCGAGAGGCGGUGUACCGCCUUGACAGGUUGUCAGUCUGUCUACUGCAUGAUAACACAGACAACCACUCAACAUUCACACACACGGCAGGUUUCGAAUUGCUGAUUAGCCUAACAUGCAUGUAUCUGGACUGUGAAGGGGUAUCAAGAGAGAAGCCCAGUAUGGGGACAACAUGCAAACUGCACAUAGAAAAGACCCAGGUGCUUCUUGUUGUGGGGCAAGAGUGCUAACCAUUCCACCACCACCAUGCCUCCCUUAUAUUUAAAUACAAAAUUGUUAAACUAGAUCAUUAUUACUUUCUUAAUCAAGUAAACUUAAAAAAUUAUGAGGAAAUCAAAUACUGACUGCUGAAAUCUCCACACAGUGAGUCCUUCAGGUUUCAAGUGUGACAUGACAAUAAUCAGACUUGUGAUCUAAACUUCAUCAAAGAUGAGGGCAGUUAGUGAAACAGGACAAAAACUGCAAUCUCCAGGUUCACAGGUUUUAUAACGCCGCCUCACCUCCCUGCUUAUAGACCCCUUAAAAAAAGGUAUGUGAAGAAUCUGUUGGAAUUUAGAGUAAGAAAUGAAAUAUUUUUAUAUUAUAGUAUAUAUAGUUUUAUAAAACAACAGUUUCCACACAGGGAGUAGUUAUCUAGAUAAAGUUCAUAUAUAGCUAACAAAAUCAUUUUUAAUCAGCGAGUGAAGGUUAUUGUUUGAUUAUUUAACUGUAACAAACAAACUAUCAGUUUACAGGUUUGUAAAUGAUGGUCAUUAGGAAAUGUUGCCAAAAGGCACCAGCCAUUUUUGUAGUUUUUUUGUGAGGAUAAACUUAAAUCAUCAAUAAUAACUUUUUUUCUGAUGCAUUUAAAUCCUCACUGAGUAACAAAUUACAUUUACAGCUUCUACAUGAAAUACGCUGUAUCAAUACUAUGGUAAUGAUAAUAAUAUCACCUUUAUGCCCAUCACUGUAUAUUUACAUAAGAACUUAACAUGCUAAAUAUAUCAUUUGAAAUUUGACACUUUCUAGUUUGAUUUUUAAGCACCUUAUACUUCAUUUUGCUUUUGCUUCAUUUUCCCUCAUGAAGACUUACCGAUUUUUUUUAUUAUUUUUUUUAAUGUUCAAAGCUGAUGCUCAGUUUUAUACGUAAAAGGUCCAAAUAACUAGGAGAAAUUCAUUACCCUGGGAUAAGUCCCCAUGUGUUUCUUGUGUUAACGGAAAUCAAAUACUUAAAAGUGAAUUUAUGAGUAUUUGGAUGCAAGAUUACAGUUCACAAAACCAAAUGAAAACUAGAUGUGAAAAAAUGUAGUAAAACCAAAGCUUUAUAAAAAUCCCAAAAUGGAAAGUAUAUUUGUAUAAGAAAUGCUAAAAACAUCAUUUUCUAACAGUUUGGUUGAAUUUGUCAACACAAAAAUAAAGAGGAAUUUUAACCCUCUUAUGUGUUGUUCCUUUAUAAUAAAAAAUAAGCUAAAGCUAAACAUUUUAACAAUAACAACCAUAUAUGAAAGAAGCAAAUGCGCUCUAUAAACUAACCAGUCUGAAAAGAGAAGCUGAAAUGAUGAAAAACACAAACCUGUUACAACACAAACCUGUUACAACCCCAAUGUGUGAAAAUGUGUAAAAUGUAAAUAAAAACAGAAUGUAAUGAUUAGCACAUCUCGUAAAUCCAUAUUUUAUUUACAAUAGAACAUGGCAAAAAAAAAAAAAAGUUAACUGACACAAAUUCAAAGAAUCCGGAGAAAUCUCUGUGCGAAAAGGUCAAGCCAGAAAAUCAGCCCUUGAAUGGCUGUGAUUUGGAGGGCAAUGAAGUUGUACUGUGUUAAAAACCCUGUAUUGUGUUUUGGAAAUCACUGCAUGAGCUGUGAAUGGUACAGCACAUAGUAGUGAUGAUACUGUAAUGUUACGGUGUGGAUGGUAUAGCACACUCUGUGAACAGAAUUUGGAACACAAUCCACAAAUAUGAAGGUGAUCCAGAAAUACUGCCAUCUUCUGUGGACCAAGGCUAAUUUUAAAUGGACUGAGACAAAGUGGAAAACUGUUCUAUGGUCAGACUAUUAUUUUGAAAUCAGACCAAUCAAAUUUCAAAUUGAAAUGCGAAACUCUUGUUAUCAGCUCCCAGUCUCAGCAGCUGGAAUCCUAUAUUACAAGAAUAGAACAGCAUUUCCUGUCCAAAAGCCUGCAGCUGGUUUCUUCAGUUUACAGGCUUUUACAAACUGUUGUUAAAAGACGAGGCAAAGCUUCACUGUGGUAAGAACACAGGCCUGUGCCAGCUGUUUCGAAAAGUGUCAAAAACGAUUUAAUACUUUUCUUAAAGUUCUACAUUUUCUCAGUAUAAAUAUUUUACAUGUUUUAUGUGUUUUUUGUGGAUAAAAUGUGGGUUUAUGAGAUUCCCAAUCAUUGCAUUCUGGUUUUAUUUACAUUUUAAACAUCAUGCCAACAUUUUCAGAGUUGGGAUUGUAUUAUUCUAGUUGGCUGUAACUGUUUCAAAACAUAUUGUGAUAGCUUAAUUUGUGCACAUAGCUGCAAGGCUGUGGGGGAGGUAGACCUGAAAGUCAAUGAGCUUCUCAUCCACAGCUCUGCCAGCUUCUCCCAGUCUGACCUGUUACCUCAAGUACAUUCUCUUCCAUGCCAAAAGCUGAGUGACCACACAGGGGCACUGUUUGCACAGCUUAUUUGCAUUAAGCCAUUCAAGUCACUUUUCACUUUUCAUUCUAGAAGCUUUACACUGCAUGAUCACACGUGAUUACGUGUACUUGGUUGAGUGCAAGUACCCAGUGUGCCUUUGGUUGCUGGUGUGUGCAAUUAUUUUCCAGACGUGGUGGGAAUUUGACUCCACACUCCUUCAUCCUGCUUGGCAUCCCUUCUGCCCUGAGUGUGCUUGCCAUCGCACUUUGUUUUGUGUCAACAUCGAGUGUCUGGUCCCACGGAGAAUUUAUGACGUAUUUAUUAUGGGUCUUAUGACUACACAGGCCACACGAUUUAGUUAUCCUGGACAACAGGUGCUCAGGUCACGUACCAUGCGCAGUGAUACUGAUGUAACCUGACUGGAUGGUUAGCUGGUUGCCAUUGGUGCCCAGCAUUUGUUUGUGUAGCCCUCAGUGAUGCGACUCAAAAGUCAUCGGUUAAUGCAUUCUCGACAACCACUCAUCAUUCAGAAGCCGAAGACUGAUUGAAAACACAUUUUUAGUAACUCUGAACUGUCUACCUGGGUUAAUGUUUUGGGGAUUUUUUUUUUCUCUCUAUGUGAAAGCAGAGAAAAACAUGUCAGCACCUGUGAUGUAUUUAGUCAUUGUUUCUCUUAUCUAGGGAAAGGCUGAGUCACAGAUGGCUCAUCCGACCUUUAUUUUCACCAGCCCCAACACCUUAAUGCGUUUUAGGCAACUCACAGAGUAAACUCAUCUUUCGUGUUUUUCAUAUCGCUUAUUUGUUUCUUCUUAUUUCUGUCCAAAAAGGAAAUCAGGUGUAAGUGGGGGAGGGGGUAGAGGCUUAUGGCGUAUGGUACCACAACAAAAAUAAAAAUGAAGAGGAGUAGAUUUGCUUUGCAAGUUUGAUUUUGUGUGUUCUUUUUUUUAUAUAUAUAUACCAGUUUGUCUUUGAUGUACAGUUUAACACAUACUGCAUGUUAUUAGAGGGUGGGCAGGGGGAGGUGGGGCAGUAGAGGGCAUGUAUAUAAAAUCCAGAUGAAGUUCGUGUUCCAGUGUUUGCUCCUGUGUCUCUGUUGGUUUUUUUUCCUGUUUCUCUCUCUCACUUUUCUCCUUCUACCAUUUAUUGGAUUACAUUAGAACAGAAAAUAAAUGAUUUUGUUUACAUUGCCUGUAUUUACUUCUGUCAGGACACCGUAGGUGGGCGAAAAACUGUUUAUAAAGGCAUGAAGGUGAAAAAACUGUGUUUGGAAGAUUGAGACUGCCGAUUUCUCGUUGUUUGCUGUGUAAUAAUAUACGUGUGGUGAGAUGAUGCACGUGCGAUUUCCAUUUCAGAAGAAUGGCCCUCGGAAGAAGAGCUGCAUGCUGUCACUGUGCAAGAUGUUUCUGCAUAAUCUGGACAUUUCUGGGAUCAUUUUCUUGUGUAAACCAAAACGCAGCAAGGCUUGUCGUUUCCCAUUUCUGGAUUUUGCUAAGAAGCAUCAAAUCUGUAAUACAAUGAGGAAAGCAAAUCCCUCAGAACAAAGGUUACUGCUCUAUUGAGGACAGAAUUAUAAAAGCGAACAGCUAAAUUUGUCAAAACAGCUUAUUAUGUAAAGUUUCAAAUGCUGUAAUUCUGAGUGUUUCUUUGAAUUAGUUUGAUUAAAAUGGUUUCAAAAAACAAUUGAGCUCUUCUUCAAUCUAUUUGAUCACGUCUUGAUUAAAUCACCCUUCAGCAUCCCUGGGGAAAUUUGAACAAUAAAGCUGACUCGUGUGUG